AUGGCAUGUUACGCGGACGAUGUCACUCUCUUCCUCACCUCAGACACAGAGCUCGGCCUCGCAGUGAUACUCCUCGGCGUCUUCGGCUCCGUAUCUGGGGAGGUGCCCAACUGGAACAAGUGCUCCAUUAUUCCCUUCAAUAUUCCCCCCACUGAUCUCGCGCACGCCGGGCCUAUCCCCGUCCGAGCCCCCAGCGAAGCAGAACGCAUCCUUGGAAUUUACGUUGAACGAUUACACCCCGGAUCCACCACCUGGACGAAGGCUCUCGCCCGUAUACAAAUCACCGCCAAAUUCCUGGCGGCCUUACAUGCCACCGUCACGUGCCGCAAAUCGCUGUCAUCGAUCUUUCUGAACUCCGUCAUAUCCUAUCCCGGCCGCUUUCAACCUGCUCCGCUGAACACCAUCAAACGAAUUGACAUCUCAGUUGAGAACUUCCUUUCGUCCUCAAGACAUAAACAGGACGGGCUCGCACAACGCUUCCUCCCCAAUGGCCUCCUUUACAACUCACCCCAAGACGGUGGGGUUGGGGCGAUCGCCCCAUCUACCCAAAUCAAAGCCCUCACUAUCCAGCGUGCACUACGCAGAUUUGGACCCACCCCAUCCGAGGAAGUCACAAGGACCCUGACCCCGUUCCCCUUCGGGCUACAUGGUCUGCUCUCCCAUAAAGCCAUCCUUGAACGAGACUAUCUUCCAGCCUUCAUUCCCCCUCGGGCACUGGAGGAACUUAAAACCCUCCUCGCUCUUCCCCUGGUCAUUCAUGGCCCACCCCUACGUAUGCAAUGCAUACUUACCGAACCUCUCGCCUUCAACCGGAUGCUCCUCAAACCCGACGAGCGACCUUUCGGCACCCGCCAACACGAGCGAUUCCUGCUUACACGACAGCUCCGCAUCGGACACAUUGUCCGAAUCACCAACUUCGACGUCAACCCUAUAUCUGCUGAGGAUUUCUGCUCCCAGCUCAUGGAGGAAUUUCACGACGACGCCACACGCCUCCUCCAAGACCUCAUCGAGGCUAUCAAGCCGCCCUGGUGGGCCGGCCUCCGAUCCCCUCACCCCUCCUCUGCCUCCCCUGGAGAUUGGUUCAUGCUCUCGGAUGACCAUUACUCCAUAUCUCACCUCGCUGUCCAGGUCGUCGCCUUCACCCCCCCUUCUUCCGUCUCGGCUACGGUCCACCCCGUCUCGCCCGACCAUCGCAUCGGCCGUACCCCAAUCACUACCGGACUCUUCCGUUUACAAGACCUCAUUGAGGUGUAUGUCAGGGAAUGGUGGCUCGCAGGGCCACUUCAUACAGGGGCAGGAUUAGGAGCUGGGGUAGAACUUCUGCAGGACGGCAUCCCCAGCCUCGCCGACAUCCGCCGUCUCCUCUACUCCACACAGCCGCUUACUCACCACAGCCGAUGGACCCGGGAUCUCACCAUUCCUCCUCCCCCUCUCCCUGGCCUUAAAGACCCCUUUCUCAAAGACCAGCCGAGCCGCCAACGGGAUAUCCUCUUCAGACUCUACACACUAACUCUCCCCUCUGGAUCUCGCUUCCAAUAUUUUGACGACCGAGGGGUUUGUCCCCGAUGCCCUGCUGCUGUUGUAGAGACACUGCCGCAUAUCUUCUUCGAAUGCGCCUCCGUCGGAAAUGCCAUCUCUGCUCUGCGCACACUCGCCUCGUCGUCCGCUCUCUCCGCGCUUCACGCGCGCGUCGCCCCCAGAUUAGCCAAGCCGGUGUCGCCAUCUGUGCGAUGCGUCGGACCAGUGCGCCUUAGAGCUGAGUCGGAGUCGCCGAAUUCCGAUACGCGACCAGGCGUCCUGAACCGACGGGAUCUGUUGGCUGGAUCCCUGGUUGCUCCGCUGACGCUGACUCUCGCGGGAGCAGCAAGCGCAGAGCAAGAUCCUUCGGACUUUGUGACGUUCGACAAUCCCAAGGAGAAGUACACCUUCCAGGUCCCUGCAGACUGGGUGCAGAGCGAGGGCAUGGCGGGAGUGCGCAAGGUGAUCGCCUUCCACCCGCCUGAUCGCACCGACGCUAACGUGACCAUCCUCAUCACGCCUCUAGCAGCCGAUUUCACGUCGCUGGGGUCGUUUGGCACUGUGGAAGCCUUUGCAGAGACGCUGGUGAACACUCUGGACCGAAGCUGGCAGCCCAGUCCCGGGCAGAAGGCAGUGCUGCUGGGAGCCAAGUCCGCCAAUGACAAUUACUUUGUGGAGUACACGCUGCAGAAGCCCAGUGAGCCCUGCAUUCACCUCUUCUCUGCUGUGGCCACGGGGCAGAACGUGUGGUACAACAACCUCUUCACCCUCACUGGCCAGUAUCCUGAGGAUGAGGCCGCUACAUUCAAGCCAACAGUAGACAAGAUUGUGAAGUCCUUCCGAGUUACCAUCGGCAAGCAAUGA